CCACUGACAGAUGCGCGGAGCUGCAGACACACAGCAUGGCCGGAGAGAAUACAGGAGGACUUUGGGAUUCGUUGAAGAAAGCCGCUUUUGUCAUUGGAUCUGGGCUUUUCUUCCUGGUGGGGUUUAGGAACUCAGUGACAUGGCAUCUGCAGAGGUUUUGGGGAGCGUCGGGAGAUUUCUGGCAAACACAGUGGACCAAACUUCACCAGGCCUUGGGUGGAAAUGAGGCGGCCUUGUUUUUUAUCGGGACCAUGUUGGUGCCAACGCUGGCUUUCUGGUUGUUUAACGCCCUCCUGAUGGUGGUGGACUCGACUGGAAAGCCAAACUUCAUCACACGCUACAGGAUUCAGCCUGACAGAAACAAUCCGGUGCGUCCUUCUUACUGCUUCAGCUCUGCGUAAUGCACAGCUGUCACCAUU